AUCUGCAUCAUUGGUGCAGGUCCCACAGGCCUUGCUACCCUGAAAACAGUCUUGGAUACGGAGCAAUUCAAGUCAGGGAAUUACAAGCCUACAGUAUUCGAAGCUCGAGAUCAAGUUGGUGGAGUAUGGCAACCCUCGGAACCUGUGGAUGACCAGCCUCCCCUUUCAGCGCUCUAUGACUCUCUGACAACCAAUAUCCCUCAUCCCGUCAUGUCAUUCACGAGUCUCCCAUUCCCGCCUUCAACUCCAUUAUAUCCUGUCGCCCGUGUAGUUGAAGAUUAUCUUCAGGCAUAUGCUAAACACUUUGGUCUUAACACUCACAUUCGUCUGGGGACUUCAGUCGUUGCCCUGCAGUUUGACUCAGAGAGCUCCAAGUGGAAAGUCAAGUUAUCGACCAAAGAGACGCUUGACUUUGAUUGGGUCAUCGUGUGCAGUGGCCAUUAUAGCAAGCCCCGUUACCCUGACACUCCCGGUCUCUCGAAAUGGCUGCACGAUAAACGAGCGUCUCAUUCCUCGUGGUACAGACGUCCACAGGACGUCAUUGGAGACAAGAUUCUGGUUGUCGGAAACGGCCCCAGUGGGAUCGAUAUCUCCGCUGAGCUUCGCAGGCAUGUGAAGAUCCUUGUACGCUCCGUAUCAGGCGGAACGGGGGAAGAAGACGGCAAUCUGAUAGUACGUCCUCGCGCUGUACAUUAUGAAGAUGACGGAAGUGUCCUCUUUGAAGACGGAUCCAAAGAGGCUGGUAUCGAUCGCUGCAUUCUUGCUACGGGUUUCGAGGUAUCUUUUCCGUUCCUUUCAAACGAAGACCUUGUACCCGGACUUCCAGCAGCGGUGCCUCCUCUUCCACGAGAGUUGUACAACUCCACCUAUAACAUUUUCCCCUUGGCACAGCAUCUAUUCCCCUUCCAGUCUCGUUUUCCUCCUACCACGAUUGCUUUCAUGGGACUUUUAAUCAAAGUAGCCCCCUUCCCUCUUGUUGAAGCUCAAGCACGGGCGGCUCUUCAUAUUUUUGCCCAUCCAAACGAACUAGACCUCGCCAAAGAGACUGCUGAUAUCGUGACCCGAUAUCAGCAACUCCGAGCCGAGCUCCAGACCGAAGAUCCGUUGGCACUUGCAAAAGCCUGGCACGUAUUCAAAGGCUCAGAACAGUUCGAUUACCGUGAUGAACUGUACGCAUAUACAGCUCCGAGCUUCGGAGGAGAUGCAAAAGUGGUUCCUCAAUGGGAGAAGGACAUGUACGACAACAAGAUAACGCUGAAGCAGGUCUGGUUUGACCUCGUAAAGGAGGGAGUGGCCGAUGACUGGGUUCGAGGUGUUGGUGAGAAUGGGCCUCAGGAUUGGGUCGCUCUGGCAAAAAGAAUGAUGAAAAGGGCGAGGCAGGAACGUGGCGAGGCACUGAUACCAUAA